AUGGCCAUCCUACACUCGUGCUGCCUGUGGCACAGCGUCCGCAAGGGCAGCUUUGCGAGUGUCAUCUACACACUGAUUUACUUCAGCAUAUCCUGCACAACGAUGUCACUGUUUUUGCACGAGGAACGGCGAUACCUGCGCGGUGAGGUGGAUAGACCGAUGGGCGAGAGCUUUCUGGAACGGGACACCAUUUCGGGAGUCACCGUCAAAUUCAACGUACUGCUGCUCAUCUGCGCCACCUUGGGAGUCCUUUCAUCGGUGCUCGUCCUAAUCGGAUUAAAAAUGAACAACCGAGGCCUGCUGCUGCCGUGGAUUGUGGUUAUGAUUGCGGACCUGCUGGUGGAGUGCGCCCACUUUUUCUAUCUCAUUGCCAUAGAAACGCUGAAGUUUGAACCGUUGACGGCGAUGCUUUUUACGAUAGAUUUCUUCAUAAUGUGUCUUAAUAUUUACUGCCUGCUGUGCGUGAUAUCGCAGUACCAGGAAUACAAGGCCGGCCGCGGGCAAGCCGAAGACGACUCGUACACUUGCCCCACCAGCAUCCAGUACAGUCCACCGGCAGCCACCUGCCUUCCACCCGCCAAAAGCACCCUCAGUCCCGUGAUCUGCCCCCACACCCACUGUACGCUCAUCCCGGAGGAAACGCAGAUCAACGGAACGUUCGUGGGAAGUGUAGCAUCACACCAGCUAAAGCUGGCGCCCACGGUGCGGCCGCAGCGGGGCUCGCUGCUGAAGAAGCACGUCAAGUUUUCGACCAGCGAUAAGCCGAAGGGUUGCUGCACCGGCAUCAUCCAUCCGGAGAACAUCAUCAAGGACGCCAGCAAACAGCCGAACGGCCACAUGAAGGUGCCGAUCGAAGCAUUGCCCGAGUACAGCGAGGAUAAACUCUCCUGGCACGAGCAGAAAUUUACCAGCGUCAAUCAACUGUACCCGAACGUGAAAGCCCGCGGUCCGGAUGAGCAUUAG